AUGGUUGCUACAGCUGCAACUGCAUCAUUGUUUCCUGUUUCUUCCCCACAACCUAAUGGAGCCAAAACAUCUGGAAAGCUUGGAGGUGUACCUGAUAAUCUUGAUGUACGUGGAAUCAAGACAAAAUCUGUAAACUCAGGGAGUAAUGGUAUGCAAGUGAAAGCUAAUGCACAAGCACCUACAGAAGUAAAUGGGAGCAGAGUUCGACUCAUGAAUGGCAUCAAAACUGAUGAUAAUCUCACAUCACAGGCUCCAAGAACAUUCAUCAACCAGUUACCUGAUUGGAGCAUGCUUCUUGCUGCAAUCACUACAAUCUUUUUAGCUGCAGAGAAACAAUGGAUGAUGCUAGAAUGGAAGACCAAAAGGCCAGACAUGCUUGCUGAUCUUGAUCCUUUUGGUUUAGGGAGAAUUGUUCAAGAUGGUCUUGUAAACACUUAUGAAUCAUUUUCAGGAAACAGCUCUUAAUCAUGUAAAGACUGCAGGACUCUUGGGUGAUGGAUUUGGUUCAACACCAGAGAUGUGUAAAAAGAAUCUUUUUUGGGUUGUGACAAAGAUGCAAGUAAUGGUUGAUCGUUAUCCAACAUGGGGUGAUGUUGUUCAAGUGGAUACAUGGGUA